AGAUUUGGCCAAACUUCUUCCCGCAGUGUUCUCACUGACUCAUACUUCAAAUCUCUGUUCAAUUGUGAUACCGACUGUUCGACAAACAUGAUUAUAACAGAAGCUCCAACCUAUAGCCAAGACACUUUCGUAAUGCAGGUUAUUAAUGCCGUUCUUGCGAUUGGUAAAGCUACACUUGGGAGAUUUGAACAGAAGUGUAACAGAAGCGCCGAGGCUAUAUGUGAAAAAUUUGGAACAGCAUUUGGAGAGGAAUUUACGGAAGCUUUGGACAACGUGUGCUUCACAGGCAUUGAUGGCCAAGACUUUGCAAUACGCGACGGAGAGAGUUUCAGGGCUUAUAAUUUUUUCUACUGGCAAGAGGAUGGGACUCCAAUCAAGAUAGGUGCAUCAGGCAGUGAGGGUAGGUCUUAUACACCAGAUUCAAAACAUGUAGGUUUUCCAGAAGACGGCUAUUACGACAAAUUGCCACAAUCUGAAUGUUCCAAAAAAUUUUGUGGCUAUUUCUGUAGAAGAUGUAGAUUGGGAAGAAAUAGGAACAAGCUGAAUUCAAAAUGUUGGGACUGUUCACAAGCAAGGAGGGAAGGAUACCCAAAAUGUGAUGCGUGUGUCCCCUAUGGGGAGGAAUUCAAAUGCUUUAACUGUGUGGAGAAUUGAAAUACCAGAGAAGUUUAGUGUAUUAGGCCUAUAUGAUAAAAAAUAGCAUGCAUAAAAUAACAAAGAUGAUUCUGAAAUACAUCAUUAUUAAACAUAACAAUAAAUAUAAAUAUAAAAGCACAAGUGCCAAUAACAAUAAAAAACUAGACAUAAUAAUUCGCGAAGGAGCGAUUUUGUAGAAUACCAGUUGUCUCUAUAUUCCGUGCAGAAAAUCAAUGUGCAGUCAAGAAAAGGGUUUGUGAAAAAAUAUUUGAUAAUAGUGUCAAAGUCAGAGGAAUAUUGGUCUGAG